AUGCCGCGCCGGUGGCGGGGCGUGGUGGGGCGGGGAGGCGGCAGCGUGCGGUGCGGGUCUGAUGUGUUGGGUCAGGUCAUGCCUUUGGUUGGACGAGAUUGGAGUCACUCUGGUGUUGCUCGACUUUUUUCUGCAAUAAAGGAAAACGGUUAUCAACUACUAUUCCUUAGUGCUAGAGCAAUUGUUCAGGCAUAUCUCACAAAGAACUUCCUCUUCAAUCUUAAACAGGAUGGGAAAGCACUACCCAAUGGACCUGUUGUAAUUUCACCUGAUGGCUUGUUUCCUUCACUCUACCGAGAAGUUAUACGGAGAGCCCCACAUGAAUUCAAGAUUGCAUGUCUGGAGGACAUUAAGGCGCUCUUUCCUUCUGAUUACAAUCCAUUUUAUGCCGGGUUUGGCAACAGAGACACUGACGAGCUCAGUUACAAGAAGAUGGGAAUACCUAAAGGCAAGAUUUUUAUCAUCAACCCAAAGGGUGAAGUGGCUGUGAACAGUUCUGUUGAUGUCAAGUCUUAUACCUCCUUACAUACCCUUGUCCAUGACAUGUUUCCACCAACAACUCUGGUUGAGCAGGAAGACUACAAUAACUGGAAUUACUGGAAGGUGCCGUUGCCAGAUGUUGAUUUGUAG